AUGGGUUUUCCCGUUAAGAAAAGGGCUCGGGAUCGGGACGGGCUUCGUCCAGUUGUGGCGGGAUCGGGAUCGGGACGGGUUUAGUCCAGUUGGAACGGGACCGGGAUCGGGACGAAAAAACUUCAUCCCGCCGGACCCUAGUUUUUGGUCCCGGUUCCGGUGCCGGAAAAAUAGUUUGUAGUUCCGUCCCGGUCCCAGUCCCGGUAAAAUAAUGUCUUUUGUCCCGGUUCCGGUCC